AUGAACAUUCUUCGAGUUACGUUAACACUAUCACUGCUCAUCUCUACGUACAGUACAUCAUCCUGUUUGAAAAAUGAACGAAGCGAAUCAGCCUUCAACAAUGGUCAAAACAUUCGACAUAAUCGAAGAGUCGGAUUAAACGAAUAUCUAGUUCCACCCCCAGUACCAAAACCUCAUCCAGUGAGGUCAGGAAGAGUAGUGAAUCAUCAACCAACGGAAGCUCCAGGAUACCUCUCGCAAUUCAUGAAUUGGUUAAAUCCUUUCAGUUUCGGUUCUUCGACUUCUACACCUCAGAAACUGCCACCCCACCUUGAACCUUCGUACCCUCCACCCCCUCAAACUUAUGGUCCAGUACCAUUUAACGUACACUCUGCACUGCAACCUGGCCCGUCUCUUCAUCCUCCACUUGGAUCUCAAACUAGUCUACCUUUGCAUCCUCCUCUUAGUCCAUCUACUCCUGCUCAACAUCAUGGUAUUCUUCUUACAGCUCCCCCUGGUGCACAUCAUGGUCCACCUCUUAGCCUUCCUCCUGCUACACAUCCUAGCCCACCUCUCAGCCUUACCCCUGGUGCACAUCCUGGCCCACCUCUCAGCCUUCCCCCUGCUGCGCAUCCUGGUCCAUCUAUCAGCCUUCCUCCUGGUCCACCGUUGCAACUGUACAACGUCCCUUCACCUGCUUUUCACGAUAUACAACCCAUUCUUCCAAAUCCAAAAGACAGUCGCGGUCUUUACCUACCACCUAACAAAGGAAAGCAGUGCAAUCCCUGUAAUAAGAUUCCUUGGAUUCCCAUGCAAGGUUCUGGAUUUCACACAGAAAAGCAUUCUCACCCUCCACAGUCUCCAAAUGCUUAUCUACCACCCAGUAACCAAGCGAAUCACGAUGUCCAGUACGCGGCUUCACACGAGAUCAGAAUCCCUGAUCUCUCCCAAGCACCUAUCGAUCAAAGUCCCUUCAACAACCCUUUGCCAAGUCCACUGUUAUACCCCGGGCCAGUGCCACCUCUCUACAAAGCAGAACCGUUUAAUCGACCAUUCCAAAGUCCUCCUGCGAUAGAGAAUGUGGGUCACUUUGAACCACCACCAUUGCCUGUGACACCGUUAGCUGGUCAAGAGCAUAGAGGUCCUGAAAUUAACGACCAAGGCUAUAACAUUCACGGCAUCGACGAACUAAGGUCCAUUGGAACGGUAGUUAAUCAGGGACACGCGAGUAUCGUACCUCAGAAUCAUGUAACCGACGCCAACAAAGGCUUUACUGAUCUCAAGGAAUCAUUCGGUAGUUCGAUUCCCGACACUCAGUCUUCCCUGUCUGUAUCAUCCUACCAGGAUCAAGAGUAUCAUAACAGCCCUACAAUCGUGAGCCAAGGAAAUAGCGGUGUCAUAAAUCAGCCUGUAGAACAGGGCCAGAGUACCGUCAGUAGUUUCGGGCUUUCGAAUGCCGAAAGUCACGAGUUCUCUGGUCAGAGUGGUAACGAGUACCGUGAGCCGUAUAAAUCAAAUUCAGCAUCUAAUACCGAAUUGAAUUACUUACCGCCAGACUUGAAUCCCUCUGCUAGCUUUGGCACUUCCACUUUUCAUAAUCAAGACACCGAAAAUUCGAAUUAUCAGUACUCCGAUGACCUGUCUCCCAGUGGUAGUGUCGUCAAAGAUUCUCACGUGACGACCCAGACACCAUCUGUGAGCUCCUUUUCUUUGAAGGAAGAGCAGAUACAUUUUGAAGAAUCACCGCUGUUAGAUCUGACGAAGAAAGGAGAGAGUCGAACCGACGUACAAUGGUCUACCUCUACUGUAGGGUAUAACGAUGUGGCUGAAACGUCGCAUAAUACCUUGAAGACUACUACGGAUUACGGUUUGGAAACUGACAACAUAUAUUUCGAAGACUCGUCCAAUUUUGUCAGACCGACAGAAUCUUAUUCCUCAUCGGAUAUUCAAAAUAUUAACAGCAUUUUUGGACCCACGGCGUCUACCACUGAAGAUUUUCCCACUGGUAGCAAUCGCAAUAUAGAGACGUCAACAAUUGGUACGCAGUAUACAAAUCAACAAGACGUUUCAUAUAUACCGCCAUCUGGACAGCCAGCGUACCUGUGGCCAAGUUUGCUUGUGCAUGCAUCAAAUUUGAGGAACGAUUCGACGAAGAGUCAAGUGUCCUCGAAUCAUCUUGCCGAAUGGAAUAAUUCUUUUCCGGAGGUUGGGAACCCUGGAAAGCAAGAUAGUGGGGGUUCGAAGGAUGCAAAAGACACGCUUCAGAGGCAGCAGGGCACGAAGCGAAAUAAGCAAGUACAAGUUAUUAUACCAUAUACGUCAGAGUAUACACCAAUUCCUUUCCAACAAUCCUAUGGGGACUGGAGUGUCAGAACUAAUUUCGAACGAACGCAGCCAAGAAAGAUCCCACCACGAAACGAAUUGAACGUUGAUAACUACCUUCAGCAAGAAUCUAGGAACGAUAUUCGAGUAGUUAAUCAAUUUCAAUCGCAAUUUAAUUUCAACAAUUCAAACAGAUCGAACGUGCAAUCGAUAAGACCAUCUUCAACUAUAGUUGAAGAUUCAAGAAGCGGUACAACAAAAGUCAACACUUCCAUUGAUGUACGCAGGUUGCAAAAGAAUAUCGAUAACUGGACGAUACAAGAAUAUUCAAAACCUACAACAUCUAGCACAAUUUUACCUAGUUCCUUACACCCUUACCUUUCACCAUCAAAGAAAAUUCCAACGGAGUACCUAACAACAACAGAGCCAGGCGACCAUACCAACGAGGCGAAAGAUCACAUUGAAAGUGUGAAAACGUAUUCUUUGGCUGGAUUUAGUUUCAACGAAGUGGAACACGAGGGCUCUGCUAGUAAUCGCAUUGAAUCGACUCAACCGGCCGCAAAAGUGGUACGAAUAGAGAGCCCAAAGGCAAUGGCCAGCAGUGGCGUACACACCGUGAAUAAGUCAAAGAUGGAAGACAAGUCAACAUGGCGGGCCCACUCCGUGUCAAUAUCACCCGUGAAUAAAGAACGAGUUUACGUAGUAACGCCACAGCCGGUAACAGAAGUAACCCUGAAAAACGACUUCGAGAAACAAAAAAACGAAAGGCGAAGGGAAAACUCACGGCGAACGAAUGAAUCGAUCGUCAGCGACGUAAAUGACAACAAGAAUAAUAUCAGUGAAUUCGAAGCGAUCGAGAAAGCCUAUCAGGUGCUUCCACAAGCAGUAAAUAACCUUGCCGUCGCAUCCACUGGAAAGGAAAACAUUCCUUUGUGGGGAAUUAUGGAACACGAGGAAUUUGCUUCGUUGAAUUUGGACGAAAACGACGAUGAAAUAGCUGAGGAUGUCGUGGAUGGACCGGUACUUUACUCUGGACACUCUAAGGUAUCACGAGCUAAGCGAUGA